UGGGUUGGGCGUAGGGGUUGCAGUUUGGCUCCUGUGUGCUUGCGCCGAGUAGAUCGCUGGGGACCGUGCUAGUCUGUUUCCCUUGAUUUACCGUCUGUUGUGGUCAUGCAUGCUGAAAAAUGCAUAAAGAAAGCGAAGAAAUGUAGACAGUUGCUUGUGAUUGGAUCUGAACCAGUACACUGAUGAAAUCAACAAAAGUGAUGAGAUAUUGCUGGGAAGUAUGGAUAAAAAUAUCGCGGAACAGCUUAAUAAGGCGUUCGAAGCCUUUCGCCAGGCAUGUAUGGAUAGAGAUUCUGCAGUGAAAGAGCUCAAGCAAAAGACGGACAGCUAUGAAAAGCAGAUACAUGAACAACAGGAACAAAUAGAAACUCUGACAAGGACUGUUGCAAAUCUCAAAUCACAGUUGGUUCCUUUGAAUGCAAACAGAGUGAAUACACACGACCCAGUUCCAGUCCCUGAUGACAAUGAAAUAAGAAGGAAUGGUACCUUGUUAAACUUGAAUUAUGAUCAACUACACGAGAAGUUGAAGUUGGCAACGCAAAGGGAGAAACAUUUAAAGGAACAAUUGGAAAUCAGAAACAUCAAACUGAAGCAAACAGAAGAGGGCAAUAACUUAAAAGAAAAGGAAUUUGAAUCUGUUGUUGCCAACAAAGAAGAUGAAAUAAGGCUUCUCAAGAAACAGCUCAAAGAAAUAAGCAAAGCACCAAACUGCACACAGGUACUAACAUAUGAAAAAGAGUUAAAAAGCGACAAGCAGGUUUCAUCUAGGCCGGAAUUCCCUACGGGGGCCUGUGCUGCUAUUUCCUUUGAAAGGGACGAACUCGGGAACGUUUUCUGGGGACUGAAGGAGGAAUUUCAUCGCAUACGCACUCUAGCAAGGACACAGACGGACCAGCUGAGUAAAUUUAAGCUACGGAGAGAACCUGUGACUGAAAUUUCAUUCUCCAAGCCGAUUCAGUGUACCGAUGAACACGCAGAUGAUCUUUGCAACCCUUGGGUUAAAAAGGAUCUCAAUAGAGACCUCGUUCCACAGUUCCCGUCCAUCACCCCGAGAGGCAUAGGCCCAGAUGAGGAAGAGAACUCUGUAGAGUCCCUUUCUAAACUGAACGUCAAGUUCCCCCCUACAGACAGCGACUCGACUUUCUUGCAGAGUACACCAGAUACUCUGCCAGUGCCUUGUGCGGUGGGGCCAGAAUGCUUGCUUCCGGAUCCACAGUUUGACAGGGAGCUUGGAGAUCCAGCUGUGAACUUCAGUGAAGCAACGUGUCACUUGUUUGAAGAACGCGCCGCUGUUCCUUUUACUGCGGCCGGGCAUAACCUGUUGGCUGUGAACAAAAUCAAACCUCCAACCCACACAAACGAGCUCUUGCAGAGUCCUUUGGACAAAGCUCUGGGCUUUACAGCACCAUUCUUAAAUAAUUUUGAAGCCUUUUCCUCUCUAGAAGCUAACGAGGGAACGGUGGGGGCACCUCAGCAGCCGCUCUGGAAACCGUAUCAUGCUGAAGACAAUGACUUAUCAACGGUUGCUUCUGCAGACCCAGAACUUGAUCAGCCUGGAGUAUGUGAAUUCUGCCAAAAAGUGUUCCCACCAUCUCUUACGUCCAGCGAGGACUUUCUAAGGCAUCUGAAUUCACACUUCGACAAGAAGACGUAGUGUAACUGCAGAGGAAAUUUCUUUGGAACUGAAACGCGAUAGUUUCUGCAUAAAUGAGUUUGGACAGACUUGUAUGGACCAUUAGGUUGUAAUUAAAGCCACUGUUGGGAGGAGCAUGUAUAAAUAUGCUCCUGUUAACCUCAAAAAUUGGAGCUGGGAAGACAUAGGUCAUCCAGUGUGGGACUACAAAGGAGGAUGACCUGAUCUCUUACUGUACUUCUAAAGAACUAUUGUUUGCAUCGGAAACAUCUCUAAACAAAUGUGCUCACGGAAUGUGAUGCAUUUUGCACCCUCAUUAAGUAUAUUAAUUUAGAAGCAAGGUCUGCCUAUUUAUAUAAUUGAUGCUGAGUACUGAGGUCUGAGAAAGAUGUGAUGUGAGCCACAAGUUAAGAGCAAGUAUUUCACUUGCACCCAUCGCCGUUAAAUGCUCUUGCUGGGUAAGCUGGUUCCUUAGGCCAUUGGAAGUUGUAGUAAUUCAGAUGGCAAAUUGUGGCUCGCAUAAGACGCAAAUGGGCAUAUAUGAGAUAAUUGAGAUAAUUGCAUUUUAAAACGAUUGGACACAUUUGGAAUGCUGACCAGUGUCCCACAUAAUACUUUUUCAGUCUUUAGGACUGAAAUAACUCAUUUAGAAUAGAACUGGAUUUUAGUUCUUAUCUCACAAUUUUAGUUCUUAUCUCAUUUUGUAUAUGACCCCCUUAAUUGUAGUAAAAAUUGAUUUUGUGAGUAAAGCGUCCCAGGUGUGACAUUUUACAAAUGGAAUGGUGGUAUCACAUAUGUCUUAAAAAUACAAAAUUUGCUCUGUUUUUUUUUUAAAUCCUAAUCCUUGCAUCAAUGAAGGAUUUUUAAGGUUUUAAAUAAUUUUACUCCAUAGCAGUUUAUAACAGAAGAUAUUUUUUCAAGAUUUGAUUCACACAACAUGUAACUUUAUGCAUGUGUUCUUCACACAAGUGCCUUUCACUGCAGUUACAAGAUACAAUUUACGUGUGACUUUAUCAGGUGAAAUGGGAUUCUGUUUUCUAUUCUGUUUUAUAUUCAGAAGUUCCUUCAUUGGGGAAUUUAACUUUCUAUGUUUUUAGUAGUUGGAUGCUGUUUUUUUAAAGAAGUGUACAUCUGUAAGAACAGUGACACCGGUACCAUAAAUAUGCAAUAAAGUAUCAUCCAUUCAGACCUUUGGGGUGGUCCCUUCUACCCUAUUGCUUUUCCUCCCAUUAGUAUGUAAUCCUUUGGUAGAUCCCAAUGUGUACAUCUACCAUCCUUCAAACUUUGCCCAUGUAGGUGAAGCUGUAAACCAGCUCCGAUUCUUGCCCCCAAGUUCCAACUCUGCAAUUCCUGCUCACGUGUUCAACAACUGUUAUUCUUGAAGUUCCCAGUUAAGAGAGAAAAGGGUAUUCUGAUUAAAUUAUAGGCCCCACUUCAUAUCUAAUUGCAAACAGUUAAUCAUGCACGACAACAGGUGGCGGUGGAUGCAAAUCCUUAUUUGCAUUGAAAGGCGCAUGCAGCCAGUUCUAUGAAUACAGUAAUGUGAAAGAAAUGUGCAUAAAAAGUAUGUAUGUGGAUCUUGUUCACAGUUGAAGGGAGAGCUGCUGACUUUACCAUGUCUAUUAAUGUACCUGGGCCCCACAAAGAAAGGGGCCUUGACUACCCUCUUCUCUCUCAAUGCCCAAUGUCACCCAGUAAAAAUGUCUGCCAAUUUUAUGGAAAAAGAGUCUAAUAGGCAAAUACAUUUAUCUUUCUCCUACAGUUAUUUUUUAAAAGUAAAAUGCUAGCUCAGCUUCUGGAUUUGGGGGGUGUUAAACAUGAGGUUUACAACAUUGGUUACAUUUGUUGGGGUUUUGUAUGUGUUUUUUUAACCAUUUUCUACAUAGGUGAACGAUGUAAAUACUGAGCUUUUUGUAAUCAUGAGACUUGACCUGAGAGUUUUACUGUAAUAUUUUCGAGAACCCGAUAAUAUUUGUAGACUGGUAAUCUUGGGCUGUGCCAAUUUCAGUCCAAAAGUAUUAAUUGUGUAGUAAUUUUUAAUAAAUAGUCUGUAUCUGC